GAAAAUAAAACCAAUUUACAGUAUUCUGCUUUGCACUGCUAAGUUUUAAAACACGCAUCAAGCAAAUGUGUUCAUCGCAAAUGCAAAUGUGUUCAUCGCUCGUGUUUGUACCCUACCUGCGAGACUACUCUACCUAUACACAGACAAUUCUCUCUUAAAAUGAAUGCAGAUGCGGGGUAAAAUGGGAUUGUUCAACAUAUUUGAGAGGAAAAAAAACAUUAUUUUUGUUAUAAUUUUGAAUUAAUUGCGGUAAAUGUAAAAAAAAAUGUGUUUUGAUAAACAUUACGGUACGAAAAUACAAUAAAAUGAUGAAAAAUUUCGGAUUCUAGGUGACCAUCGAAAGUGAAUUUUGCUGUGGUGAAAUUCAUCCACUGACCGUGGUGAAAUAUUUGUUUGCAAAUCCAUCUAAUUUUUUGGCAAAUCGCUCUAUCAGUGUUUCUUACUUUUCACGGUUGACAACUUUUUUAGGUUUGAUUUUCAGUGGGGUUUGGGAGGGGGUGGGGGGGGGUGUGAGGGAGGCGAUGGCGACUCGAUAUUUGUUGAGUGAAUUAUUCCACUUCCAUUUUUCGUGGAGUUUUGUAAUUUUGGUUUGGUUUUAUUUUUGCGUAUAUUUCAGGAUUCCGAAGGUGGUUUUGAGGAUCAGAUCGACUCGAGGCUCGAGCCAACAUUCUCAGUGGGACUAAAUAAAUACUCAAAACUAACAACUUUUACGUCAGUUCUGACGUCAAAUUAAAUAAUAAUAGUAAUAGUAAUUUUAUUUGGCAACGAUAACCUGUUAGUUAGCAUUUUUAUCAGAGCAAGGAUGGAAAUAGUAAAUAAAUCAUUUGAAGCUACUAAUAAACAAUACCUAAUAAAACAGUACUUUUAUCAUUUUUCUUAUUUGUAGAGAAAAACAAUCAGUAGAAUCAGUUGUGUUGUAAGGGUUUAAUUUUUUAUUUCGGAAAAAUAAUUAAUUAUAUUGCUCCAUUCAAUUCAAUUGAUCAUAAACAUUUACCGUCAUCUGGGGCGAAUCGGGACUACAGUCUCAAUAGGGAACAGCAGUGUUUAUAGCAUUUAAUGGUUUUAAAUUUGGAAAUGGAUGUACACAUUUUGUUAGUCUGAGUCUGUUCUAACCGAAAUUAACCAGAAAUAUCAAAAUAUUGUGUUCCUACAUGGUCAAAACUGCUGUCCCAACCCAAGUAACAUUUUUUGCCAAGAGUUCUACAAGAGCUCUUCAAAAUAGCUACAGCAUAGCAGUUUGGACCGCGGUAGGAUAAAAUUAUCUUCAAAACUUCUUCAGGAGUUUGGAAGAGUACUUGAAGAGAGUUUUAUCCUACCGCGGUCCAAACUGCUAUGCUGUAGUGUGUGUAAACGACGUGUAAAAGGGGUGUCAAACUAAAAAGUGACCCCGUUCCCUUAUACCGUAUCCCAGAAUAUUCAAGACCUCACAACCCUAUUAAAAGUUAUGAGCACUUAAAUGCCAAUUAAACCAGUAUGAGAGGAUAUGGAAGAUCUGACAACUCUGUCAGAAUUAAGACGAAAACGUUACUUAAUCAACCACCCUUCCUCUCAUUGAUAUAGUGAUUCCAACCCCCCUAGAGGUCAUAAUAAAAAUAAGUGAUGAGUAAGAAAAGCAGACUGCAUACAGACUUUUUGUCCGCCGUGGCGAAACAGAUUGAGGUUAUGCUAUUUAAUAGCAUUUUUUAACUGUUUGUAAUUUUAGAUAGUCAAGUCAGAUCAUAAAUUUUUUUAAUCCACAAGAAAGGUCAUACAUCGAUAUAUUGAAAACUAAUUAUUGGAAAGCAACUGGACGCGCCUAAAAUGUAUUUUAAAACGCUUUUUGUUUGUUGAAAUCAUCAUAAGCGGUAUACGCACUUCGGAAGGAAUCGGUCAAGAAAAAUUUCAAAUGGGCAACAGCGGCAGAGUAAGCAAGCCAGAGAGGGUGAAGAAAAGCCCCAAGAAAUCGUUCCAUCUCCUUUGUUCUGCUGUUCGUAAAGCUGUUUCUUGACCCCUUUCCUUCCCAUCUCCAUACUAGCGUCUUUCUUUUAAAUUUCUAGAUGGUUUAAUAGUUUAAAACUAGUUAAGGAAUGGAUUUCUUUUUUUGCAUGUCCUUUAAAAACACUUAAACUUAAAAUCGCUCCUCCUGAUACAAUUUUUUCAGUUCAACUACAAUCGAGAAUCCAGUUUUUGCGAAUAUUUCAGGAUUCAGGGACUAUCGAGAUAUUAAAAGUGCAACAUGGAGUUAAACUUUCUGUCAAGCUGCUGUGAAUUCUUGACGCAAAAUUUGAGAUUUUUGACCCCCCCCCCCCCCCCUUUGGUAACAAAUCGUAACAGAUUAGCGAUCCCCCCUACCCCCCCUGUUACUUUUUUAACGCAAUUGUAAUUGCAUUUUUUUAUGAAUUCUUGUAUGAAAAUUUUGCGUUACAAUUUUUCAGCACACCCCCCUCCCCCAAUUUUCGUAACAGACACCGACACACCCUUUCCCCCUAACUACGUUACGUAAUAAAAGAACGCUCCCUAUGUACCGAUAUUAUACCGGCUCACAUCCCAACAAUACAGAACAAAACAAUGCCGAUAAGGCAUUGCAAACAUCGUGCACUUUCGCAGCGCCGAGCACCAUUCCAAACUAGAAGCUUACGAAGGAAGGUGAGUGUUUGUUUUCAUACCUAAAAUUACAGUUUAAUAGGGCGAAUCUGCGAUUGUAAACAAGCAGUCUAUCCCCCUCUUACUUCACGUGAACUGUCACUUGAGCAAAAGGGAUAGACUGCUUGUUUACAAAUGCAGAUUCGUGAAAAACAACGUUCUCUUAUGUCCGAAAGUUGUACUGCCGUUCCCGUGUUCGCCAUAUGUGUCCCUAAUCGCCCCACUUAGCAGUUUAUCACCCUUAUUUGUGAUUCUCUUGUUAUACAACAGGUUUUCAUCCAGCAGCACGCUCCAAGCAACACACUCAAAAUCGCGCCCGCGACGCGCUCCAGCAGCGACCGAUCGACCCCAAGGACGAUCACAAACGCGCUCGCCCCGCGUCACAUUUUCGACUACCAUCUCUAGCUGCAACGAGGACAACAUUUGAUCGAUCGAAGAUCGCCCCAAGAUCCAUUAGCACGACAACAAACGCGCCCCGUCAAGUUUCAUCGAUCGAAGAUCGCCCUCAAGAACCAGCAGCACGCCCCGCGCUUCACAAACAGUCCUUCGCUCCCAAGAACACCCGCGCUCCAGCAACGUCGAUUCGCGACAGCCGCUCGCAAUCCAGCUGCAACGAGGACAACAUUUGAUCGAUCGAAGAUCGCCCCAAGAUCCAUUAGCACGACAACAAACGCGCCCCGUCAAGUUUCAUCGAUCGAAGAUCGCCCUCAAGAACCAGCAGCACGCCCCGCGCUUCACAAACGGUCGUUCGCCCCUAAGAACACCCGCGCUCCAGCAACGUCGAUUCCCCAAGAACACCCGCGCUCCAGCAACGUCGAUUCGGGACAGCCGCUCGCAAUCCAGCUGCUACGAAGACAACAUUUGAUCGAUCGAAGUUUGCCCCAAGAUCCACUAGCACGACUACAAACGCGCCCGCCCCGCGCCCCGUCAAGUUUCAUCGAUCGAAGAUCGCCCUCGAGAACCACCAGCACGCCCCCAAGAAUCCCCGCGCUCCAGCCGCUCGCCAUCUGCACCACAUCUUCGAUUUCCAUCUCCAGCUGUGAUUGAAGGUGAUUAAGCUUAAACCUAAGAAACAUACAAAACUAUGCAUUAUUGUACUGCCGUUGGUGGUCCGUCUGGGAUUGAACCCAGACCUUACUUGGGUUAAGAGGCUACCACGCUAACCACUAAACCACCGAACCUGGCUAUGCGGGACAAUUAUGCGUAGAUAGCAUACAUUUUGCCUUGUUCGCAACUUUGUCACAAACUGUCAAACACGAAAAAGUUUGUUUGCAGUAGUUUAAUAGCUCCUUCACAAAAUGAACUUUGAGUUUAUUGUUGACGUGGUUUAUGGAUAAUCCCCUGGGUGUCCUUCAGUUAACCUUUCAAAGCUGUAUUUAUUACACAAACACGAGUUAUGUAGGUCUUCCCGUUUUAUGUAUUUAUUUUGAUUAUGUCUCUGGUGUAGCUGUGUGUGUGUGUGUAGUGGCAGAAACCCCAUUUGGAAAUAAAUAUAUGUGAAAAACACAAAUAUAAGCAAGAGACGGUUAAACUUCGGCUAGUCUCGCCGUCGAGGGCCCUCGCAAAUGCUAAAAAGCAGGGUAUAAAACGGCAUCCCAACGCCUCUCUCUCUUGUCUCUCUUUCUCUGAUUGGCUUGGUUUUCACGCUGGCGAGAGGGGAAGAGAGAGAGGGUCGGAAAGUAGGGGGUGAACACAUUUGAAACUACCAGAUAUGGCUUCAUCUUGCAACGUUGUCAUGACAUUGUGUUGUGGACGAAAUUUAUAACUUUCCUUCGUUAGUAAUAAUUCCCAAAUUUGAUUGGAUUGAUAGACAAAUAUGAUGACGUCAUCUCUGCUUGGGACGUAAGAUUCAAGUAUCUAGAAUGUCACUCGCAACAUUUUCUUUAUCAGUUUCCAAAACCAUGUCUUUUGAUAUACAACAGUUAUAUAGGCUAUAUGUAAGCCUAUAUAACUGUUGCGUUGCAAACAUCAUCUCAGCUUGGGACGUAAGAUUCAAGCAUCUAGAAUGUUACGCGCAACAUUUUCAUGAUCAGUUUCAAAAAUCAUGAAUUUUUGAUACCCAUAAUCCCCCAGAGAGAAACUUUCCCCGGGGCACUUUUGCAGACAUCAUCUCUGUUUGGGACGUAAGAUUGAAGUACUACACACAUUUUACACCGAGGAGACGUUCGAGCUCUGAUGAGAGAGUACAAGCUGGCCUACGGCAAUUUUAUUGAGCUCGAUAAGAACAGCUUCUUUCGAAUCCAAAGUUCAAAAGUUCUCGAACUACGACCAAGGGGUUUCCAGCAUCAAGGAUUACUUACUAGUCUGAAUGGAAUCUGUGAAAUUCAAGAACGACUGGAAGAAAUUCACAGAACAUCCACGUCACACUUUCGGCAUCCACUUCACACUUUGGGCAAUGGCGAUCGAGACUGUUGAUUUUGAGCAAUGUCUCCACACUCCAGCUGAUUUGCUACAUUUCUUCCCCGUUCGGGAGACAAACCACGAGCGAGCUCUGAUGAGAGAUUACAAGUUGGCCCAGAACGUUAACAACGCCUACGGCAAUUUUAUUGAGCUCGAUAAGAACAGCUUCUUUCGAACCCAAAGUUCAAAAGUUCUCGAACUACGACCAAGGGGUUUCCAGCAUCAAGGAUUACUUACUAGUCUGAAUGGAAUCUGUGAAAUUCAAGAACGACUGGAAGAAAUUCACAGAACAUCCACGUCACACUUUCGGCAUCCACUUCACACUUUGGGCAAUGGCGAUCGAGACUGUUGAUUUUGAGCAAUGUCUCCACACUCCAGCUGAUUUGCUACAUUUCUUCCCCGUUCGGGAGACAAACCACGAGCGAGCUCUGAUGAGAGAUUACAAGUUGGCCCAGAACGUUAACAACGCCUACGGCAAUUUUAUUGAGCUCGAUAAGAACAGCUUCUUUCGAACCCAAAGUUCAAAAGUUCUCGAACUACGACCAAGGGGUUUCCAGCAUCAAGGAUUACUGACUAGUCUGAGUGGAAUUAUCCAACUCUUCCUCAGAGUCCAACGUGGGCCAUAUGUCCUUCUGUUGGCGAUCUCCUAUCGGCUCAACAUGAUGGAAAAGCUUAUGGAACACGUACGUCGCCGUCGUCCGACGCAGGAAGUUGCCUACCACGCCCUCUACUGUUACUAUGUGAUGGGACAUUCCAAGGCGGAAGUUGCGGCGGCUUACGGGAAAAGCAUCACCACGAUCAAGAACUGGAUUGUGAAAUACGAGAACAAUGGUGGAAUGAGUGCCGCUGAAAAGCGACGAACGUUCCGUUGUUUCAAGGAGGAGGAGAGAUGCUGGAUUGUCGACUUGUACAAAAAGGAACCUGUCCUUUUCCUCGACGAGGCCAAGUGUAGAUUUGAGCAGCGUUUCGGAAAAUCCAUCAGCCUGUCAACGAUUUCACGCAUUCUCCACGAAGCAGGUUAUACCUGGAAGGUGCUGGAGAGGAGGGCGAUUCAGGUCAAGGUGAAGGAGAUUGCCUUCUACCACGAUGAAAUGUCGGCCUUCCAUUGGGACUUACAUAUGCUAUGCUUUAGUGACGAAAUCUCGGUGGAUAAUCGGGGCGUCUUGCGCACGAAGGGUUACGGGCCGAUCGGCAAGAAAAUCGUUUACCGCGGUGAGUUUACCCGGCAAGCUCGUGUUUCUCUGCUUGCGUUCUUGGGUGAGGAAGGAAUAGUAGAUACAUUCUACACCGAGGAUACGUUCGACCGCACGAAAUUUUUCUUCUUCUGCAAAAAGCUUGCACUAAGUGACAAGGUCGAACCUUACCCGGGCAGAAAUAGUGUUUGGAUCAUGGACGGGGCGCGUAUCCACCUGGAUGCAAACCUGGUUAAUUACCUGCGUCACCUUGGGCUAAAGGUAGUAUUUCUGCCCGGCUAUGCGCCUUUCUAUUCACCGAUCGAAUUUGUGUUUGGGUUCGUGAAGAAAAUGUUGAUCAGAGUGCAUCAGGAAAACGUCAAGUCCAUCCUCACCGAAGUCGCCACAGUCCUGCAAAAGUUCUCGAACUACAACUGCACGGCGCUUUUCGCAAAGUGCGGAUAUCUUUGCGGUGGCAUUUUUGAUCCAGCUCGAGGUCUUGGCAAAAUUACGCCAGCGUGAUAUUUUCUUUUUUUUGUUUGAUUUUUUUUCAAUACAACACAAACACAGUUAUUGUUUACAGUACACAUCACCACACUUACAACUCAUCAACACACUUAAAACACAUCAUAAAUACAAACAUGUAAAUAUGGUAUUACAUUUAUAAGACUGAACUGCAUUAAAAUACUAUGUCAAAAACGAAA